AUCCUUUAUCUGUCAGUCAAACGAGUCCGCGUUUCUUAGCGGAGGGUUUCUUACCGCUUUCGUGUGUUUAAUUAAAUAAUAUCUAAAUGUGCUCAUAAAUAAAUGAAAUACUAUUUCAGUGUGAAUUAAUUUGUUUUCAACAUGUUGGUCCUGUUCGAAACCCCGGCGGGCUACGCAAUUUUUAAGUUGUUGGACGAGUCCAAGUUGUCAGAAAUCAAUGAUUUGUACCAGGAAUUCAACACUCCUGAGGGAGCAUCAGCAGUUGUCAAACUAAAGAACUUCAUCAAGUUCGAGGAUACAACAGAGGCUUUAGCUGCCACUACAGCCGCCAUUGAAGGCAAAAUUUCAAAGCCAUUAAAGAAAGCCUUAAAGAAAUAUGUCUCUAAGGACAUCCAAGAUCAGUUACUGGUUGGAGAUGCUAAACUAGGCAGUGCCAUUAAGGAGAAAUUUGAUUUACAAUGUGUUGCUAACUCAAACGUCCAAGAAUUGCUGAGAUGCAUUCGCUCACAGAUGGACAGUCUGCUUGCUGGGCUGCCAAAAAAAGAAAUGACAGCUAUGGCACUCGGUUUAGCCCAUUCUCUAUCCCGUUACAAGCUUAAGUUCUCUCCUGACAAGAUUGACACCAUGAUUGUGCAAGCGCAGUGCCUCCUCGAUGACUUAGACAAGGAGCUCAAUAACUACAUCAUGAGAUGCCGUGAAUGGUACGGCUGGCAUUUCCCCGAGCUCGGCAAAAUCAUCACUGACAACACACUCUUUGUCAAAAUUGUCAAACUUAUCGGGACCCGUGAUAAUGCUUCUAAAACUGAUCUGUCAGAUAUCUUACCUGAGGAUUUGGAAGAGAAGGUAAAGGAGGCUGCAGAGAUUUCCAUGGGCACAGAGAUCUCGGAUGAUGACAUUUUGAAUAUUCAGAAUCUCUGUGAUGAGAUCAUUUCUAUCACUGACUAUAGGACACAUCUGACUGAUUACUUGAAAGCCCGUAUGAUGGCCAUGGCUCCCAACCUGACAGUUUUAAUCGGAGAGCACAUCGGAGCGCGCCUUAUCGCUCAUGCAGGCUCAUUAAUGAACCUAGCCAAGCACCCAGCUUCAACAAUACAGAUCUUUGGUGCCGAAAAGGCCUUAUUCAGAGCUUUAAAGACUAAGAAAGACACUCCAAAAUAUGGUUUAAUUUACCACGCUCAGCUAGUAGGUCAGUGUAGUACUAAGAACAAGGGAAAGAUGUCUCGCAUGCUGGCAGCAAAGGCAGCGUUAGCAACCAGAAUGGAUGCAUUCGGAGAAGAUGUGUCAUUUGAGUUGGGGGCGGGGCAUAAGGUGAAGUUGGAAAAUAAGCUGCGGUUGCUAGAAGAGGGCAACUUGAGAAGGAUUAGUGGAACAGGCAAAGCUAAGGCCAAGUUUGAGAAAUAUCACAGCAAAUCUGAGGUGUUCCAAUAUCCGGUGGCAGCGGACAGCACCCUGGAAAGAAAGCCAGUGAAGAGGGAACACUCUCCGGAACCUGAGACCUCUACAAAAAAAAUCAAAUUAGAAGAUGGGGCCAAUGACGUCACACCGAAGAUCAAAAAAGAGAAAGUCAAGGAAGAGCCCACCGAAGAACCAGCCGAGCCCACCUCAGAGAAGAAAAAGAAGAAAAAAAAGAAAUCCCUAGACGCUUCUCAGGCCGACACCACCAUGGAGAAUGAUGAGGUGGACGCUCCGACACCCAAGAGUGGUAAGAAGAAGAAGUCUCAGGCUGACACGACCGUGGAUAAUGGUGAGGUGGACGCUCCUACACCGAAGAGUGAGAAGAAGAAAAAAAAGAAGAAGAGUAUCGCAGAGGAAUAGGUAGCUCUGUAGAGUAUUUUGAAAUGAAGGCUUGAGUGCGCUCCAUACAGAAUAUUUUUUGGUACUUGAUUAUUAAGAGGAAAGGCGACGGGCGUUACUCCAUACAAACGUAGUUCCCAUUUUCCUCUCUGAAUAUUGAUAAUAUGGAUUUUUUUUACAUUAUUACAUUAGCUAUGCCCUUACGUUAGCCGCCGACCCUACACUCAGCACCCUCGUUGAGCUCUGGCACCCUUACUAGCAGGAACGCACUAUGAGCAGGGUCUGUUAUAUUAGGAAGCUGUUGAGUUUUUUUUUGCAUCUUAUAUACAAUUCUUGUAAACUAUAAAGACUCACAUUGCUAUUUUUAUCUUUUUUUUAAAAUAAAAGUUGGUUGAGAAAAUUAAUUUGUAUGGAACGCGUGAACAAUUCAAAAGGAUGCAUUUUUAUUACGGGUCCAUACUGCCCUGGUGCGGCAGACUGUAUUAUCAUAUUAAAUAGACUCAAAGUAGCUCAAGUUUCCCAUAGGUAAUGUUAAUUUUAUAACAGUUCUUUCAAGAAAACAAAUCCUAUUACAUGUAACUAGAAAACACUGAAGAGGAAAGUGGGGCACUCGUGCGAAAUCGCCUUUUCGUAAAAACGUAGUCCGUAGUCUCAUUUUCUUCUCUGGAUAUUAACAUUAUUGAAUAUAUUUUGACACAAUUGGUUGUAUAUCAACUACAGCUAAGCCCCUGCGUUUUUUUAAAUUAUUAUUAUAAGGGUUAGCAACAUUUAAAAAUUGGUAUGAAAUCGGUAUUGGUUUUUCGCUCAAAAUUUUUACAAUAAUCAAAAAAUCUAAAAAAAAGUCAAACGUAGGGCAUAGCUAUGGCUAAUAAACAUCAAAUUAUGCAAAGAUAUGUUCCAUAAUGUCAAUAUCCAGAGAGGAAAAUGGGGACUACGUUUGUAUGGAAGAGCGGCCGUCCCCUUUCCUCUUAAGGCCUGUGCACACUGGACGUGUGUGCGUAGACGUCUUUAGACUAAGGGUGUUACCACACCAAUCGAUCGAUGGCAUCGACGUUGACAUGGAACAGUCGACGUCGAUCGAUUUGUCUAUCGAUCGAUGUUGACUGUUCCAUCGAUUGGUGUGGUAACACCCUAAGGCGCAAAGCACACUGCAUCCGAUUAGCUCAACAUGCGAGCGGGAUGUCGCUAUAAUACGCGCAUAGCGUUGUCUCGCUCAAACAUCGGAGCAACGUGCGCAUCGAAUGCAGUGCCAUGCGCCUAAAAGGUACCCUACAAUAUUAAGAUUUUCUGUAAUGAGCCGUAUAAUAUGCCAUAGAGUUAUGUUAGCUGUUUAUUUCUGUUCGAUUUAAGUGGAAAUUACAUUAAGUUGGAAAUGCCUCACAGAAGUGAGUUUAUAGAAAUAUAAAUUUUACUUUAUUA